AUGGAGAGUGUGGAGGUGGAGCUGCAGGUGAAGGACCAUGUGGCUACAGUCAUCUCCACUCUGAACUACCAGAACAAGGAGGACAAACCUGUAGAGGCAGUUUUUGUCUUCCCUCUGCCUGGAGAUGCUGCUGUGUGUCAUUUCAGUGCUGGGAUUGGAGAGACACACAUUGUAGCUGAGCUGAAGGGGAAGCAGCAGGCCUGUGAGGAGUAUGAUGAUGCUCUGAGUUCAGGGCAGCAGGCCUUCCUGUUGGAGGAGAGUGAGGAGACUCCUGAUCACUUCUCUCUGAGUGUGGGUAAUCUGCUUCCAGGGCAGAGUGUUUUCAUCAGGCUGGAGUAUGUCACUAUUCUGACUGUGGAGGCUGAUAAUGGGCUGAGGUUCUGUCUGCCUACUGUGCUCAACCCUCGCUACCAACCUCAAGCCUCUGAGGUUCCCUACAGUCUGUCCUUUUCUGCACGAGUGUCCUCUCCUCGUCCAGUUUCCAAAGUAGAGUCCAGCUGUUCUCUGGAGCCUCUUCAGUUCCUGAACUCUGAUCACACAGAGGCUGCUGUCAAGCUGGCUGCAGGACACAAGUUUGACAGAGAUGUAGAGCUGCUGAUUUAUUACAAAGAUGCUCACCAGCCCUCUGCUGUGGUGGAGGCAGGACAGGACUCUGCUGAGCCUGGCACUCUGAUGGGUGAUCCUGUGGUGAUGCUGAGUCUGUACCCAGAGUUCCCAGAGUCUCUGAUGUCUCCACUUGCUACAUGUGGAGAGUUUGUGUUCUUGUUGGAUCGAUCUGGAAGCAUGGGUUGCCCUGCUAGUUUCAGCUAUGGUUGUGAAACUCUCAUCAGCCGUGCAAAGGAUACUCUGCUGCUCCUGUUGAAGAGUUUACCAACAGGCAGCUACUUCAACAUCUAUGGUUUUGGGUCCAGAUUUUCACAGAUUUUCCCGAAUAGCGUGGAAUACAGUGAGGAGACCAUGGAGGAGGCUCUGAAGAAAGUUGAGGGGAUGCAGUCUGAUCUGGGAGGAACAGACAUUCUUCAGCCCCUCAAAUACAUUUACAGUCAGCCCUUCAUCUCCAACCUGCCUAGACAGUCACUGAAAUCUGCACUAGAGCCUGUUGUCAAAGACAUCUCAGUCGUAUGGGAUUUACCAAAGGGAGUGUCUGCCACUGUCCUCUCUCCACCAAUCACAACAAUUGUCCGGGGUCAGAGGUCAACAAUUUAUGCCCAACUCAGUGGAAAGAUACUGAGUUCACAAACUGACUGCAGUGUGACAUUGAAUUACACUCUAGGAAAUCGUCCCUUCAGGAACCAACUACAGUUUCACUUGAAUCCGUCAAAGGAGACUGGGUUAACAGUCCACAGGUUAGCCGCUCGUUCUCUGAUUUGUUCUCUGAUUCGUUCUCUGGAGGUUAAGAAAAGAGUGAACAGAGGAAAGUCAGAUGAAGACGUGAAGAAGAAAGUGGUGGAGCUCAGUGUCCAAUCAGGAGUGAGCAGUGGUCACACUGCCUUCAUUGCUGUCAACAAGGACAGUGGUGAUGCUGUUCAAGGACCUCUGAUGCACGGCGAGAUUCCGAGGCUUGGUCGUCAUAUUGCCAGUUAUGGUCGUGUGCUGGUUUGUCAUUAUCCACAACUACGUUGCUGUACACGGCCUCCUGUUCAAGAUGAUUUUGGUGUCACGAGGAGAAGGUCUGUGUGUUCUGCUCCUCUGUAUUCUUCUGCAAGAACGUGUUCUCCUGCUCUAACAUUUUUAGAAGCCUCUGAGCGUGAGCCGCCCCGCAGAGACCCUCUGCUGCAGCUCCAGAAGGCGUCCGGCUGCUGGCUGCUUGAUGAAGGUCUUCCCUCAGUGCUGGGGAAAACUAGUGAGGAGGUAGAGAAGUCAAAACCCGCAGAGGUCAGCAGUGAGGUGUGGGCCACCAUUCUGGCUCUGACCUGGCUUCAUGGAUUCAAGAUGGAUGCAAAGGAUGAAUGGGAGCUUCUGGCUGUGAAGGCUGCUUCAUGGGUCCAAGCCCAGAAUGCUCCAUGUUUGAAGGAGUGUGUUGAUGCUGCAAAUGCACUGCUGGGCUGCAGAGUGCAGAAGGAAGCUCUGGGGCUCUGAAGAAGGAGCUGAAGUUCAAACUUAAGACAGAAGAUUUAUUUUAAAAAAGUCAAGUUUAUGCAGCGGUUUGUAACCACUACUAGCUUUAUCAUAUCAUCAUAUAGCCUUUGUGAUUUACAAUUGAUGCUUUUAUUUGAGGUUUGACGCAAAUUUUC